CAAUAGUGGGCAAUGGGCAUGAAUGCUUUGCGCCAAUUAUCUUGUUGCUCUGUCGCCUGUUGUCCUGUGUCCACCACGCACAGAUGGGAACUGCGCUUCUCUCAGUUCCUGCCCCUCGCCCAACUCCAUUCUUCCAUUGCUCAUAUGGUACCACUCCCAGAUGGACCUAUGGAUCCACAACUUCACUUGGGUUUUCAUCAUCUAGACGCAUCAGCUUCCUGUCUUCGUCUUCAUCUUCUUCUUCAGCUUCUGUUGUAGACGAACAAACAAAUUCUUCUCCCCCAGAUGAACUCUCUCUUCAGUCUGAAUCUGACCCAGAUGAUUCUUCCUUCAGAGGGUGUAAGGCCUGUGGAAAGGAGGAGAUUGAGAGGGGAUGCAAUGAGGAGGGAAGGAUACAAGGUGGCAUUGCAACAGUUCCAGGCUUUGGUUGGUGGCCUAUAAAGGCAUACAGGCCUUGUCCUGGAUUUGUAGCAUCUGGUGGCAGAUAUAAGAGGCGUGGACAAAGCAUGGACGAGGUUGCGUCUGGAGGAGGGAGGACAGACGCCUCAGUGGGUGCUAGAAGAAAGAACUCGUUGAGCAAGAAAAAGUCGGGUACCGGGACGAGUUAAGGGCUAAGUUAACUUUGCCAGGCUUACCACCCCCACAAGUUGAUGCAUACACAGAGAGGAAAUGAAGGAUGGAUGAUGCAGAAUUUGUUUAUAUGGAAAUACCAGAGUGAAAGGGUGUGUUCUCAUUGUUCUAAGCAUUACAUGUCAAGAACUUCUCAAAGGGAUUUUGAUUGAAAUGGCUAGAUUCUCAUUUCUUAGGCUUCUCUAAUGAUACCAACAAGACUGCAUCACAAAGCACAGAUUUUUUUUUAUUUUUUUUUUCAUUCUUUGCGGAAUAUUGUUUCUUUGGCUCUUGCAAAUGGAAAACUAAGCCUUUCUAUCU